AUGUUUCUUGUUUUGUCCGACUCUGCAAGUGUUGAUGUUCAAGUAAUAAGUUUCUUCAAUGACCUCGAAGCCUUGUACGUUCUCUUUAGCAAGACACAAAGAAUCCAUGAUUUGUUCGAAGCUGUCCAACUGGAAGAGAACCUGAAAGUCCUUUCCCUAAAGAGACUUAAUACUGUUCGUUGGCAUUCACGCGAUCUAAAGGUCCUUCUCUCUCGUUAUGACUGCAUUUUAAGUGUCCUGGAAACCGUUGCGUUGGACAGUUUAAUUGAUGGAAACCCACGAAAAACGAGCAUUGGCUUAUUGAAGCAGAUUCAAACAAAGCAGUUUCUGGCUACCGCGUACCUCUUUCGAGAAAUAUUUGCAUCCGCUGGUCCGCUAAGCCGAUAUUUACAACGCGUUGAUGUUGAUUUUGGAAAAGCCCUGGGUAUGGUCGAAAGCGCGAUUGACGAGCUCAAUGAAUUGUGUAAAGAACCGGAGCUGAUUAUCAGAUACGUCGAGCAAAAACACAACUCCCCCAGCGUGAUCUGGCAACAACCAAGAAUCAGACGUCGAAGACGAAUCGAUGAUGAAAAUGCCGAAGGCGAACCUGCGGAAACACCAGAAGAUCACUGGAAACGUAACACAUUUUACGUUUCUGUGGACACAAUCUUAAAUUCAUUGAAGAAUCGGUUUGAGAAAAACCAACCCUUGCUCCAAGCUUUUUCGUUGUUUGCCCCAAGCCGUUUCCCACAACUUGUGAAGAAUUUCAAAACCGCACAUGAUCUUCAAGCGUGCCUUAACACCUUUUGUGAAACGUACAGUAUAGAUGC